AGAUCACUUACUCUUGACUACUUUCUGAGUCGUCUAGGCUUCACUGGUCCCUGCAGCUGCUCACUCGAGUGACUAUACUGCUUCUAUAUUUUGCUGAAUCUCUUUCCGACCGAGCAGUAUGACCAAUCCGCGGCAGCGUCGGAAGAGUAGAUCUGGCUCGCACAAGCCUGUGCGCCAUUCAAACCGAGCUAAGCGUUUAUUGAAGAAACAACCCCCGAUCCGAGGUCCGAAGGCCCUGCAGGAUGCUUGGGAUAAAAGUAAGACCGUCCGACAAAACUACGAAGCCCUAGGCCUUGUACACUCCCUAAACCCAACGCAGUCGGGAGGAGUCGAGAUGCCUCUAGGAACGAGUUCUUCAGCAGCCGCAUCAACUUCAGCCACCACCUCGGCUCCCGCUCUUCCCGCGCGUGUCGAGCGGAGUACCCCUUCGAAGGGUAAGGAAAAAGAGGUGGACGGAGGAGUACCGAAGGGUUAUGGUCGCAUUAUCAGAGAUGCAGACGGCAAUAUUCUGGAUGUCGAUUUGGGCGAAGACGAAGGUGACAAGGAGGAAGAGGACGAAGAUGUACUGGUGGAGGAAAAGGCAUGGAAAGAAGCACCGAAGGCCGAAGCGGGGCGUUGGGUCACGAUUGGCGCAGACGAUACGAAUAGAUCCACAGGGGUCGUCAAAGUGCUAGAAGAGCUGUCAAGCUCCCAAACACGAGCUACACGCCAUAGUUCGUCGACGGAGGUUUGGUACCUCCAGCGUCUCGUGCACAAGCAUGGGAGGGAUCUGGAAGCCAUGGCGAGGGAUAGAAAGCUGAACGUGGAUCAGAGAACGGCUGGGGAGCUGGGACGCGCGAUCAAGAAGGCUGGAGGGUUGGACAAGUUAGUCGGAGGGUAGCUAGCCGCGAUGGAGCGUCGCAGUAGUGUUGCUCAUGCCCAUAUACUUCCGUGCGAAGAUUGGAGAGUAGAGGCCGGCAAAUGCCAUUCGAUAUCGGCCGC